AUGCCUCCUAUCCGCACGAUGCCGACGGUCAAGCCCGUUCGCACCGAACGGACGCACGAGGAGAAUCAAGAGAGGGCAUACAUUGCAGCGUCCCGACGAAGCGAUCGUAGCCUGGAAGCUCGUGUCGAAUCAGCGCGGCGAGCAUCAGAGAUACACAAGAAGCGUACUGGGCGUUCGCUUCGUGUUCGAGAGGAAGAUGUGAUGAACGAGGAGAUGUAUGAGGAAGAAGAUGAUGAUCUUCCAAUGCAGUUCAGACGGAUCAAUGCUUUGAAUCCAGGCUUUGCAUUCAACACCAACUUGAACGAUCGUGUGAAUAGUUACCUCGCUGGCCAGAUCGGAGUCAGGAACUACCUACAUCAGGCCAUAUACCAGGCAAACCAGAACAAUCAAUAUGCCCAACAAUUUGGAUUCAACCCGAUGAUGCAGCAAGGCUUCAACGGCACAAUGUCACCUCUGGCCAUGAGUGGUCCAUUCAACGGGAUGCAGACGCCGUUCCAGCAGCAAGUAUCGAUGCAGAAUAUGCGACCCGCUUCACAUGGACGUUCGUCAUCCAUAGCAACCCCCUCAGAGUUCACACACUACCAACAGCCUCAGGCCCAGAAGUCGACCACGCCAGCAGCUAACGACAGCCGCCGUGUGUCGAGUCAGUCAGCUGGCGCAUCAUCGCCCUCUGCCUCGCACACCAGGAGUACGCUGGGUAGCCAGCCUCCGACGCCCAACGAGAUCACUCAGAAGUCGACGUCGCCGAAGCAGGCACCUAUCUCACCCCACAACGCAGCACAUCUUCCACAAGGCUUACGGCCGUCGGCAGCAUCACCUGCACCAGGCUCAACACCUUACGAGCAGUUGAUGUACCCUCUCACUACUAAGCUUCCGCUUGAGACUCAGCAGCUCAUGGACGUUCCUCAGUUCGCCGGCUACUCGUCGCAUAUGGCACCUGGUAUGGCAGGAUCGUACAGCUACAAUCCAAAUGGCAAGAAGAGAGACUCGACUGGCAACUCGCCGACUGCAUCACACGGUCUGAACCAGACCCUGACACAAUUCCCGAUGGGCAGCCAGGGAGCAAUGACAAGUUCGAUGAAGUCAGAGCCGUUAUCUGCGAUGAGCGCACCGGCCAACCUCGACUUCUUCGGCAGCGACAUGUAUGGCGACAUGAGCCACUUCAGUGACUCCAACUACGCCUUUGAUCUUGGCUUCGGGAGCGGCGCCAACACUGCGCAGAACAGCGGUCAUGUUACACCAGCCACCGAGCAACCCUGGAACGAAUCGGACUUCUUCAAUUACGCCGCUGCUUCGGACUAA